AUGUCACUCCGUUUCACGACGGACUUACGGAGCAGCUUACCACCUACCGUACUCUUAGCAAAAGCAAAACUCAUAAAUGUUAAGAAAAACGGCGGUAAUGUUCAAGUUGAAGACACAUUUAUUCGCAUAGGGGCUGCCGCCGCCGUUCGAACCACCUUCGUCGUCGGCUGCGCAGAUACCAUUUUCUUGCUUUACUGGCCUGUCCGUUGGUUCGCGCACGACUGGCUGGCUCUAACGAGUGCAGAAGAAGGCGUUCACAUUUUGGCUACAGUGCUGAGCGUCAUCGAGUUGGGACUAAAAGUGUUGAUCUUAGCACUGCUGCUGGUGCCGAGUAUAACUGCCAACACCGCAGAAAUAGCGAAGAGGUGGAGCGGCAGCAGCGGCUUCAUUCGUGUUGAAAUGCCUUCAGCAGAGCCUCAAAUGCAGCUAACUCAAACAACACCACAAGCAGCCGCCGCACAGGCAGCAGCAGCAGCACCAGAAUAUCUCACGCACACCUACGCCGGGGCCCCUACUAUGCGCUUAGGCUUCGCCUAG